GUAACAACAGUAAUUGUCAACAAAUAUCAACAACAAGCAUUUAAUGUUUUCUAAUAAAUGAACUUCACUGACUCUAUAUUUGUAAAUUUUUUAUUCUUUUGGUGCCAUGAGGGAGUACAAGGUUGUCGUUUUGGGCUCCGGUGGUGUCGGUAAAUCAGCUUUAACUGUGCAAUUUGUUUCCGGAACUUUCAUGGAAAAGUAUGAUCCCACAAUUGAAGAUUUUUACCGAAAAGAGAUUGAAGUUGAUGGAGCUCCUUGUGUACUUGAGAUACUUGAUACCGCUGGAACUGAACAAUUUGCCUCUAUGCGAGAUUUAUAUAUCAAAAAUGGUCAAGGAUUUGUGGUUGUUUAUUCAAUAACCAGUCAUCAAACCUUUCAAGAUGUUAAAACAAUGAAGGAACAAAUAAUCAGGGUAAAAGGAGGAUAUGAAAAGAUACCCAUUCUUUUGGUUGGUAACAAGAUUGACCUGGUUCACCAGAGAGAGGUUUCAACCGUUGAGGGUAUGUCAUUGGCUCAAGCAUGGGGCUGCCCUUUCAUGGAAACAUCAGCCAAGAAUAAGUGUAAUGUAAAUGAAGUUUUCGCCGAGGCUGUUAGAGAGAUGAGCCUUUCUAAUUCAAAAGAUAAAUCCAAUAACUGUUGUAGUUAUCUGAGAGACUGUGGCUCUUCAUCAUGUUGUACCACCUCUUGAUACUUGAAACUAUCAACUUCUAAUGUUCACUCUGUCCCCAGCUCUCUCUCUUUCUCUUUCUCUCUCUAACUAUCACUAUCUCUCUCUCUCUCUCUUUUUUACACAAUCAAUUACUUGAACUUGUAUCAAUGAUAUGUAAUCAUCCAAGAAAUAUUUUAAUUUUUGUUAUAAAAGGAGAUUGGGUGUCAAAUGACCUCCACAAGACUUGCCUGAGCAUGUCUAGUUCAUUAGAACUACUUUGUAACAAAGGGAUGGGAAACCUACAAUAAAUAUACUUUACUUUUCCCAUCUUCUAA